AUGUAUAUCCUGGCCGGCGGAAGGGAUGGAAGGGCUAACAGAAGUGUGAUGUGUGUCCUGCUACCCCUGGCUGUCGCGGUGUUGUCGGCCGGAGUUUCUGCGAUGCAGGAGGAACACAAACCAGUCCAAGAACAACCACCACAAGAGGUAACUAGCUAACUAGCAAUCAUCGAUAAAAUGUAAUUAACCGAUGUUUCGCGUGCAUGCUAACGAUAGCGAGCUAACUCGUUAUCUAAAUACCAUUCCACAUAACUAAUAAUGCUAACUAACUAGCUAGCGUCGUUAACAUAGCCAGAACAAGAUGAUGUGUAAAGUCACCCCCCAGUAUCUAUUUCACUCGGUCACUUUGACCUAUUUCUGGGUUCAUGCUUUGGGGACAUGCCAUAGGUGGAAAACAUGGCUAGUUGGGUUAGCCACUUACCAGCUUGCUAUUUUACUGGCUGUUCUUACCUUCGAGCUCGUGUGUGGUGUUCAGUUCAGCGUUGUCCUGGUCGUUACUAGCCCUAGUCUGGAAGCUGAACUCUCAUAACUACCAAGUUGUAUUGUACCCCCAGUCUACGUGACUUGACUACCUGCGUCAAUGAGACAGACUGUACCAUUCCAAUAUGUGUACAGACAGACAAAUUAAAACAUGGUUUUCAUGGCUAACUUGUUGUGGAACUGAACUGACAUAUUUUUUUCACCCUUCAACAGAAAACUCCUACUGCUCAUGCCAUUGGUUCAGAGGUCAGUGAAAAUGAUUCCAGCAAAUCUGGUGACCUGGGCUUCAUCCAUGCCUUUGUUGCUGCCAUCUCUGUCAUCAUUGUCUCUGAGCUGGGAGACAAGACUUUCUUCAUCGCUGCCAUCAUGGCUAUGCGCUACAACCGCCUCACCGUGCUGUUAGGGGCGAUGCUAGCGCUUGGCUUUAUGACCUGCCUUUCAGGUUGGUGGAUGGAUGGGAUGUUUGGCUCCUGAUGGUUGGGGUAGAUAUUACCUUUUUAAGUUUGUUAAUGUAUCCCAAUUAGUGGAGGUACCAUAUGCAGAUGCAUCCUGGGUUUGUCUGAAUGUUUGGUUCUGUACAGUCUGUCCUUUGUCUUACUAAGUCCCUCUUGUGUUUUGUCAGUGAUGUUUGGCUAUGCCACCACCAUUAUCCCCAGGAUUUACACAUACUACGUGUCCACGGCUCUGUUUGCCAUCUUUGGUGUGCGCAUGCUGAGAGAGGGGCUGAAGAUGAGUCCAGACGAGGGUCAGGAGGAGCUGGAGGAGGUACAGGCUGAGAUUAAAAAGAAGGAUGAGGAGGUCUGUACAAACACACACACUGCCCACACCUACAUUUACAUAUUGUUUUCAUAUUACCCUGCUGUAACUCUUGGUCUAGGGUUUCAUUGUUUGGUUUGUAUUCCUAUUUCCUAUAGCUCCAGCGGUCUAAGCUGGUGAAUGGGGCUCCAGAUGUGGAGUUGGGUUCAGGGUCAAACCAUCCUCAUGGGAAAUGGCACAGCUUCAUCUCGCCUGUGUUCAUCCAGGCCUUCACCCUCACCUUCCUUGCAGAGUGGGGAGACCGCUCUCAGCUGACCACCAUCAUCUUGGCUGCCCGGGAGGUGAGUCCUGACAGACCCACUAUGGAGUCUGAGUCUGCUUUCCUAGUAAAAUGGCACAUGCUGGCAAAUGUUACACUGAAAUCAAGCCAAGGCUAAAAUGCUGAGGUGUGGCUGCAAAGCAUUCAUUGUGGAUCUGUCGGAGUUCAUGAUUAAGGUCAGGAUAUAGGGUUGCAGUGUACGUGUAAUAUACUCAAAGGGAAUUAUAUUGUUAGGGAAUGAUUGUUGUUCAUUUUUGCUACUGCACUGUGAUACUUGUUGGUUCUGUGAGAGGGUUAAAGGUGUCAUAAACAAAUGCUCUGUCUCAGGAUCCUUUUGGAGUGGCGGUGGGUGGUACUCUGGGACACUGUCUGUGCACAGGACUGGCUGUG